CGUUACAGCGUCGACGCGAUGGACUGCCGGCACGCGGGCGCCCGGGCUUCGAUUUUCAAACAAACAUCGCUCGAGCUAACUUCGCGUUCAGCGCUCAACAGGGUUGUACGUGCCGCGGAAUCAUCUGAAUUUUGAAAGUGUUUGUGUUGCUAUCAAACUGUGCUAUCCCAAGAUGUGCGAGAAACGUACCAGAAAAUUUAAAAAAGGUUCCAGUGUAACCAGGCUUCGAGAGGCAAGACGUCUACAGAGACUGCAAUGGUUAGCUUCUCCUGUGGUAAGCGAAGAGGCUCCAGUUGUUGUUACCCAAGCUUUGCCUGAUAAGGCUGCGCAAAACCGCCUGAUCCUAAACCUCGCCUGGAAAACUCUCAUUCUUAUGCACAAGAACCGUCUUAUUCAGGAAAAAAUCGUGGCUCUGCAGAAGGAAACAUCGGAAUUUGUAUCGGCUAUUAUGAGGAAUCCAGAAAAUAAGAGACGCUAUUUAGAAUAUGUACGACUUUACAAUGCCGGUCAGUUGCCAGACUUAAAGAAGGAAAUAGAAUCAAAAAUAUAUUUAAAAAGAGAUCCGGAAUAAAUCGUUCACCACUGGAAUGAAUAAUGGUGGAAUGAGUGAUUAUGGUUUAUUUGCUUAUUCUCAUUUUCCCUCACAUUUACUGGCACUCUUGAAAAGUAUUUAUAAAUUGUAAGUAUUUUAAAAUACGUAGAGACGAUCUCUGGAACUGAAUUAAUUUAUUGUAGUAAGUACUUAUUAACCUGACAUCUACUUACUAUGAAAUUAGUUAUAAUUAAUAGAUUUUAGUAUGUAGAGUUUUCAUACCCAGCAAUAAUGUAAUCAAAUUCAGUGUCUUAUUCUAAAAAGUUGUGGCUACUCUAAGAAUCUUUCUUGUUGUUUAAAUUAUAAUGAGGUUGUAAUGGAAGAGGCUGUUAGUGUUUAUUCUUCGUACCAUUUAUUAUACACUUAUUACCCUUUAUUAUUACAAGUUGAUCCCGUUACUUAGUUUGGUAAAGAUAUUACUCGUUUUGCUAUUGUAAACUUAAGAGAGUUUCAAAGAUUAUUAAUAAUACUGACCCAGCCCAAUUAAUUAUCAGCAAGCUUUUUAGCAUGUACUGUGACUUAGAAUUUAUGUGUACCUAAACUUAAUGAAGAAUGUGAAUUUAUUUAAAAAGAGUGUAAAAGAAUGAUUAUAAUUUAAAAGGUACGAAACUCUGAAAAUACUCAUAGUAUAAGAAAUAUGAGAAUUUUUUAUUAAAAGAAAAUUAUUGUUAUACUUAUUAUGUAUAUUUGUGUAGAGAUCUCCUUCAGAAUAUAGUUACUAGAUAUGUCGAGAACCUAUCAAUUUUUGCUAUAUUACACCUGAUUAUCUGACCUGUAUGCCAUUUGAUGGUGGUCAAGAUAAAUUUUUGAUAUUGGGUAUUAGAUAAUGUAUCAAUGAUGUUGUCAAAUGUUUCAUCAAACUUUAUAACUAUUGUAAAUAAAAGUUUUUCUGUCGAAUUCCAAUGUCUAUGUGCUAUUGAAACUAAAACUUAUAACAUAUUUUAAAUUUAGCAGAAGAUAGGUUUGUAAAACUUUCAAGCCAUUUGCAUUUAAUAGUUUAGUUUUAAAGCACAGAUCUACCAAGCCUGUGUUCAUUUUGCUGUUUCUUCUUUGAAAGUAUCACAAACAAUAUGUUAAGUGUUUAAUUAAUAUUGUUUAGAAAUUUAAGUGACAUAAUGCUAAGUGUGAUUUGGUACCUAUGUAAGUACAAAAAUACUUUUUGUAGAAUCAUUUGAUGUGCUAAGAUUAAUAAAACUACAUUAAGGCAGUUUAAUCUAAAUAAAAUACUUCUGCAAAGUACUUAGAACAGUCUAAAUUCUGUGGUAACUUUAAUGGCAUCUGGCUUUUAUAUCCCAAUAAAUUUAUUUCAAAUAUUAAGCACAACUCUAUAAAAUUGUCUGUUGUGGAUGCAAAUAAAUAUUAUUGUUUAGUAAUUCCUUAGUAUUUACAGCUUCCUUAAUUGUUAUAAUGCUUAAACAUAGUCUCUAAGUUUGAAAUAAACUAGUCUUUCGUGAAAAA